AUGACCAUCUGUGCCACAAUUGUUGGUGCAACAGCCUCCCUCCACUCCCAGCAUUCCUUGUGGCUGGCGCUGGUGGAGGGUCCUUGCAGUCCCAUCUGGGCUGCAGCCAAUUAUGCCAACGCACACCCUUGGCAAGAGAUUGACUGGGCCUUUCCUGGGGCUGCAUAUGCCCCCCUAGUGGAUCCCUGGAUUGAGCAGCCCUGCUGUGGGGAUCCUGUGUGUGUGUGUGUGUGUGUGUGUGUGGUGUGUGUGUGUAUGGCCAUGGAGCAGAAGAGCACAGUGAGUUGUGAAGCCACAGGAAAGGGUUACCUCACUGUGCACAUGCCCAACCCACGACCCCUCAGGGUGGACUUCCACUGGGUGCCAGGCUCAGACCCAGGCACCUUGGAUGGCUCCCCAUGGCUGCUGCACCGCUUUUUGGCCCAGCUGGGCGAUUGCAUGUCUUUCCGCUUCGAGCACUACCAGGACAACCUCAGCUGUGUCUGCAAGACCCUCGGGCGCCUGACAGACCCCGCUUGGGCGUGGGCAGCCCCCUACCUUGACGGGGACCUAUCCCUGCCUGAUGAUUAUGAGCUCUUUUGCCAGGACCUUGAGGAGGUUAUUCAAAACCUGAACAGUUUUGCUGAGUACCGUGCUGCAGCCCUGCCCCUUGUCCCCGCCUCAAGCCAGCCACCAGCGGCCCCGCAGCUGCCUGUGGUGAGGCAGUACUUAGCCAGGUUCUCCGAGGCCCUGGCACUCAACAUGGGUGCUACCCUCAGGCCUGUCCCAGACAUUCUGGCCACCCCUGCUGUUUCUAGUUCUGGGAAAAAUCCUCUGCCUGAGCAGCAGCUGGCCAAGGAGAGCAGCCCUGGGCCCACUGAGCCCCCUGCUUGUCCACUUUUGCAGGAUUGUAGCACCAAUCCUGUUCUGGUGGGGCCAGCCUCCUCCCAGCCAACACAGAUGGUCCCCAAACCUGUCCUUGUGCCUUCAGAAUCUGCCAACCCCCCUGCCCAGCAACCAGAUCCAGCUCACCCAGCGGGGCCAGAACCCCAGAAGAUAGGGGAGCCCUGGAUUCUGAACAGGUCCCAGGCAGGUGCAGCAGUGCUCCUCGUGAUGAAGUGGCCUGUGUAG